CCUUUUCAAGCUUUUGGAACGUCUUGGUUCAGAUGUUUUUAACGCUGCAUGAGCACGGAGCUGUAGACACAUCCUGUCCUAAAAUGAACUACAAAAUAUAUGUAACUGAAAUUUAAAGCGACAGUUUUUUAAUUUUUUAAACUUCCGUAACUAUAUCUGCACCCAAGCCUAAAUCGAGAGGACAACUCUGCUUAGUCAGAAGCACUGCUGCCAAAAUAAAGGGGAAGUUAUCGUUAUCUGUAAGCCUCUAUCCUUCUUCUGAAUCUCUUUUAAGGGCAUACCACUAAAGUGACACGGUCUUAAACUGAAGUUUGUUGUCUCUUGUAGUCGACCAUGAAAAAGAGGGUGACCUAAUGUUGAUUUUCUCGACAACGUACGGGUCUCAAGUGUAAGAUUUCUCUGACAAACGUGGCAAAUCCGAGAUGGAUAAUGAAGCAGUGGACAUGGCGUCAAACAACAGUCUGCCAUUUGGAAUUGGAGCUUCCGCCUACGGCAGUGAACAUGGAGAUGAAGAGGAGGAUUUUAUUCCUCAUAGAACACUUCCAUUUUCCCUCGGAUACUCCGAACCAGUGGGACAACCCGUGGAGAGAGCAGAGUCCCCUGCUUCCAGCUAUGCCUCCAUGCACAGUGACUCCUGGUCCGAAACAUGGGAAGACCAGGAACCAGGUGACACGCAGAUUCAGUUGAUCAGACGGGACUCGUCUGCCUCUAGCAGUGAUUCCUUUAAUAGUGACGAGGAUUUUGAGGGCAAUGCUGAAGAAAGCUCACAGAAGAGGAGCAGGUCGAAGCAAGCACCCCUGAAACAACAAAGUGCUCCUGCUCCUGUAAAACCAGAGUUGCAAGUAGAUCCAAAUGAGAAAAGGCACCCAGCAAUGACAGUGGAUUUCGCUUUCAAGGCCCUCACAAUGUGCCUAAAGAAACUUUCAGAGGAUGAAUUAAAACGUUUUAAAAAACUGCUGUGGGAGAGAUAUCCUGAACGCUUUCAUGAUCCCCUGGAUAGAUUUGAUCUUGUUGAUCUGGUGGAUAAAAUGCUGGAGCUCUGUGAUAUUGAAGUGGCCCUGAAAAUCAUGCUUAUGCUCCUUAGAGUCAUGAACUUAAAAAAGCUGUCUGAAUAUCUGCAAGGUCUAUGCAAAAGAAAUGAAGUGCGCUACGAGUUGAAGUUGACUCUUAAGAGGAAGUAUGAGAUGGUGUAUGAGGGUUUAACCCAACAAGGGCAGCCAGUCAACUUUGAGUCUAUCUAUACAGACCUUUACAUUUCUGAUGGCGUUAAUGCUGCAGUGAACACCGAGCAUGAGUUUAGAACAAAGAUAGAAGAUCUCGAAGAGACUCGCAAAGUGAAUAGAAAACCGUUAUUCUCAAAGGACGUUCUCGCCCCAGAAAAGGUGAGGUCAAGGCAUGUUAGGUCAGUGUUAUCUAAAGGAAGCCCUGGAAGUGGCAAAUCAUUUGCCGUGCAGCGGUUCAUUCUUGACUGGGUGGACGGAAAAGUGCACCAAGACAUUUUCUUUCUCCUGCCUCUACACUUCAGGGAACUGAACCAGAUGCGAGAUGGAGAGUACACCCUCAUGACGCUAGUGAACACCUUUUAUCCAGAGAUGAAGGAGGUGGAGACUCUUGAUUUUGAGGGCUGUCCAGUUAUGUUCAUAUGCGAUGGACUAGAUGACAGUCAAAUCCUCUUUGAUUUCCGGAAAACUGUGUAUUGGUGUGAUGUGAAUAGGCCUGCAACUGUGCAAGUUUUAAUCACUAACCUCAUCAGGGGUAACCUGCUUUAUCACGGCUCUGUUUGGGUAAUUUCAAGGCCUGGAGCUCUUGAUGUUGUCCCACCAGAAUAUGUCCAACAACUUCUGGAAGUCCGUGGCUUUGACAAUGAUCAGAGAGAGGUCUAUUUUAGGAAGACGAUCAGAGACCAACAACUUGCUGAGAGAGUGAUCGCUCAUAUCAAGUCUUCUAAGACACUAUACAUUAUGUGCCACUUGCCACUGUUUUGCUGGGUGGCAUCUAAAGUGCUGCAGCGACAUUUUCAGUCUCUUCCACCACCAGGAGAGCUUCCCAAAACUCUAACCACUCUAUACACCAGUCUGCUGCAUCUUCACACUCAAAUGUGUGUUCAGAAACUGCAGAACAAUCCCAAUAAAGAGACAAAAGGUCUUACUGCUGAGCAGUUGCUUACAAAGCUUGCAAAGCUGGCCUACAGCAUGCUUGAGAAGGACCAGUUUCAAAUGGAGAAAGAGCACUGGGAAGAGAUUGAGAUUGAAUCUUACCCUGCUGUGGUCUGCUCCGGUCUCUGCUCGGAGUAUUACAGAGAGAAGUAUGUGCUGUAUACGGAGAGAGUGAGCUGCUUUGCCCAUCCAACCAUUCAAGAAUACCUUGCCGCUCUUCAUGUUUUCAUCUCUUUCAAGAAACAUGGGAAGAAUGUCCUUGAGCGGAACAAGUUAUCCAAUAAGGUCUUGAAGGUUUCUUUGGCAGAGCUUCUCAAGAGUGCAGUUGACAAAGCAAUAAACUCCAAGAAUAGCAACUUUGACAUUUUUCUGCGAUUUCUUCUGGGUUUGUCAGUGGAGGCAAACCAGGAGCUGCUCAAAAACCUCCUGCAGAUUACUACUGGAUCAAGCCAGUUGGCACGGGAAGAGACAACUCGCUACAUUAAAAAGAAAAUGAAAGAAAAAAACUUCCCAGAAAAAACAGAAAACCUUUGGCGAUGCAUUGAUGAACUUAACCCCAAACUGCAGCAUUGAACUUAUGAGGUGCUAGAAAAAUUAUCUAUGAAAAUUAAUCUAGGCCUUCAUAGAAUGUCUUUUAGAAUGUAUUCUGUGGCAUCUGAAUGUGUUUUUCCAAAAAUUAGAGUAAAUAUUAUAAGAAUAGCUAAACAACUUGUUUUGCACAGUUGUUUUCUUAAUGGGAUGUUGUUACUCCAGCUUUUUUAAUUGAAGUUCAGCUAAUUAACAUUUUUUUUAUAUUUGUAUUUUUUUUAUAUGUGUAAAUUAAUUCAUACAGUUAUUUUUCCUUUAAAAUAUCCUAAUGGGAGUGUUGUUGUUUAAGUACAUACAUUUAAAUUCUAGAUGAGAUUAAAAAUGCUGUUACUAUGAAUUAUUCCAUAUCCAACCUAAACACAGCAUAGAGUUAAAAUGUAUGGCGCUUGUGUCCAUAAAAUAAAGCAAUGAUCCAGUGGCA